AUGGCUGAAAGAACGGGGUUGUCUUAUUGCGAUCAUCCGUCUACAUCUGUUUGUAUUCAGCAGCAGCAGACGAAAAUCGAAUUCAAUCGAGAAUACAAAAAUGGGGCUAAAAAGGCUAAAAGAAAGUACCGCUGUCGUAUAAGGAGCCCAGAAACUAUUUUAAGAUCUAAGAAAAUUAGAAGGUGUAAGGCAAAUGCGCGCGAAAGGCGUAGAAUGCAUAAUUUAAAUGCUGCCCUCGAAGAACUCCGUAAAACACUUCCAAAACUUCCGGAUGAACCUAAGCUAACAAAAAUCGAAACCUUACGAAUGGCGAAUAAUUAUAUAUAUGCACUUUCUGAAGUACUUAAAGAGGAUAAUAGCCAAGAAGUUCGCGUCCCACAGCCAAAUUCCAGCAUCUCAUACAACUCUGAUCAAGACAUCAAUUCUUCUUCGCAGUUACCUUAUACUUUAACUCUAUAA